AUGGACAUUGAGGAGUUGCCACAAAAGGCAACACUGCACCUUUUAGUGGAAGGAGGAGAUACAAGUUCUACAGCUGACACAGAAAUACUUUCCGAUGUUUCUUCCCCAGAGCACCUCAGUAGGUGGCCACCAGACAUUUUUUCUGUGCCUACUUUUGCAUUAGAGGUAGAGUUGAAGCUUAGAGAAGGAAAUGCUGCCUUUGAAAGGAAUGGAAAAUAUCUUCAGUUGUCUAGAGACAAAAUAUGACAUCAUAGAGAAAGUUGCUAUUACUAUGUGCAGUUUCAAGGCUUACCCAAAUGACCGCGAGAUAGGAAAGGCAGCUGAUGCUGUUGUUACGAAACACCCCUGUCUGAAAGAUGCAGGAUCUGACACUGGGUGGAAUGGAUGGAAGAACAGCAUCAAAUUCAAGAUGGAUAACUACAGAACCAAGUUGAGGAUAGCAGGAUGUCAGGAGGUCUCUGUAAAUGCAGCAAAAACAAGCAGAAGCAAUCCAGAGAAUUAA